AUGGGAGAAUGGGCGUUCCUGGGCUCUCUGCUGGACGCGGUGCAGCUGCAGUCGCCGCUCGUGGGCCGCCUGUGGCUGGUGGUCAUGCUGAUCUUCCGCAUCCUGGUGCUGGCUACUGUGGGCGGCGCAGUGUUCGAGGACGAACAGGAGGAGUUUGUGUGCAACACGCUGCAGCCAGGCUGCCGCCAGACCUGCUACGACCGCGCCUUCCCUGUCUCCCACUACCGCUUCUGGCUCUUCCACAUCCUGCUACUCUCAGCACCUCCCGUGCUAUUUGUCAUCUAUUCCAUGCACCAGGCCAGCAAAGAGCCGGGCGGGACGGAAGCAGGCGGAGGGGGCACGAAGGCUGGGCCGCCGUGCGCUCUGCGCGCCCACCGCGCGCGCCGCUGCUACCUGCUCAGCGUGGUGCUGCGCCUGCUGGCCGAGCUGGGGUUCCUGGCCGGCCAGACGCUGCUCUACGGUUUCCGCGUGGCCCCGCACUUUGCGUGCGCCGGCCCGCCCUGCCCGCACACAGUGGAUUGCUUCGUCAGCAGGCCCACGGAGAAGACCGUCUUCGUAGUCUUCUACUUCGCCGUGGGUCUGCUCUCAGCUAUGCUCAGCGUGGCCGAGCUGGGCCACCUACUCUGGAAGGGCCGCCCGCGCCCCCAGGGUUCCGGACGCGCGCGACAAGCGGCCGAACGCGACAACCGCUGCAACCGCGCGCACGAGGAGGUGCAGAAGCUGCUCCCGCCGCCGCUGACGCCAGCCCUACCUGGCGGGCGGCCUGGCCCAGACUCCUACGCCCCCCCAGCUUACGCGCACCGGGUGCCGACAGACAGCGAGGGCAGCAGCGGCCGCAGCAAGGCAUCUCUGGCCACCGUCCGCCAGGGCCUGGCCAUCUAG